AUGAUUGUUAUCAAAUUAUUUUUCUUUUACAUUUUUUUAUUUCAAUUUCAAAUCAAACACAUUCAUAGCGAAACAGUUCAUGGUUGUACAUUAAAUAAUAAUAACAAUAACCGGCGAUUGUUAACAACGAAUAAAACAGCUGUCACACUUUCUUGUGCCAACAACGGUUAUAUUCUUGUGCGAACUUUAACAUUCGGUGUACAUAAAACAGCAUCAUCAUCGUGUUCGUUUCAGCCAGGUGAUUGUACCACGCGUACGACCUAUAUUGGUAUGGAAUGCAAUGGACUUCAAAAAUGUAAUCUUGAUUUAAAUCCGCAAUAUUUACAUAUAUGUAGUCAAUAUAGUGAUUAUAUGGUACUUGAUUAUUCAUGUUUGCAAGGUCAAAGUUUAUCUGUGUGCGAUAAUAAUGUAAUUUUAACGUCUCCAAUUGAUUUAAAACAUCGUUUACUUAUUCGCAGUCCAAAUUAUCCACAUGAAUAUGAGAAUUCUUUGAAUUGCUCAUGUCAAAUUGAGGCGAAGAAAUCGAUGCUCGAAUUUCUUGAUUUCUACCUUGAAGAACGUGAUGAAAUGAAUUUAUGCUCACGUGAUUAUUUACAAAUAGAAAAUCGAUCUUAUUGCGAUUCAAAAAUCGAACAAAACGAUAAAUUAUUAUCAUCACCGAUAGUUAAUUCAUCGAUUCAUUUAACUUUUAAAACCAAUGAUGUUAUUACAAGAAAAGGUUUUUGGUUAAUGAUACAUAGUGAUCAAUUAAUAAAAGUUUCAUGCAGAAAUUCAUUUGAUUCUCCUUUUCCUAUUAUGUCAUCGUCGAAAGCAACAGCUCGGCCGAUAUCUUUACUAACGACUUCAUUAGUUACUAUCACAGAUUCGUCUCGUUCGCCUCUAGCACGUCGCUAUACUCUUUCGUUCAUUUUUGUAUCAAUCAUUAUUUUUGUUAUGGUCCUUCUUUUUUUAAAUCUUCUUCUAAUUGUUCUUUGUUGGAAACAACGACGAUCAAAAGCAAGUAUUAAUUCAAAAACUAGUAGUACAAAUCGACCAUUUUUCUGUGCGAAACGUUUAUCGACAUCCUCAUGUUCAUCGAUAACAUAUGGCGAUACACCAGUAUUUGCAUCGCUUGAUACUCAAAAACAGCAGACAACAUCGACGACAACAGCAACAACAGCAAGCGCUUAUGAAGAUCCAAAUGAAUUAUUAACAUUGCAAAGACAGCAGAAAUUCGAUCAAAAUCAAUCGGUUUACAUUCAACAUCGAUAUGAACCAAAAACAUUUUGCCCAAUUGUUUUACCAUCGUGUCCAAUCAAUACUGGCUACAAUCGAAUGAUUCGUUUUCCAUCUGCACCAGCACAUUGCCAUUUUGAUUCGUCAGCUCAAACAUUUUAUCCAUUACAUUCACAUUAUCAAUUAGAUUCGCAGCAUAUUUAUGAAACAAUACAAGAUGGACAGUGUCCUUAUCAACGAUUAGCAGCUACAAUUCGUCGCCAACAACAGCAACAACAAAAAUGUACAUGUUCUUCUACACAUAAUGAACAAAAAGUUCCGACGACGACGACUGAAGAUCAUGAUAAAAAUGUAAAUAUCAAGUUAAAUCCUGAAACACUCGUUUGA